UGCAUUGCAGGGAAAAAAAAUAACUCCCAUAAAGGAGCAAAAGAUCACCCCCAAAAAAAAAUCUAGCUAAAGUAGUUGAUUCAAUUUGGCUUUGGCCAAUAAGAACCACAAGCCAAACGAGUGGAUAUGGUCUCUGAUCACUAACAAGAUUUCUUUGAUGUUCAUAGUCCUAAUAAACAAAGCACUUCCUUCUCUACCCCAAACCUUUCCCCUUCUCCUCUGAACAGCAAAACUUUCCAAACUUGACUAAAUCAACCUUCAAUCUUCUUCUCCUUCAAUGGCUACAAUCACAAACUUUCUACCAAGAUCUCUUUCCUCACCACUCAACAAACCCAAUUCCAAUUCCACUUCCCACUCCCAAUUUCCCUUUUUACCCUUCUCCACCAAGCUCAGGCCUAAAUCCACGACAUCACUCGCAACCAACAACCGAACCCGGAACGUCGUCGUUUCGAAGGCUACAGCGGCCCCGGGGACCAAGAAAGCCGAGAGCGACGAGAAAGUGCAGCGAGUGCACAGCGUAGAGGAGUUCGACGAAGCCCUUCGCGCCGCCAAAAACAAGCUUGUGGUGGUGGAGUUCGCCGCCAGCCAUAGCUACCACAGCAGGAAAAUCUACCCUUUCAUGGUCGACCUUAGCCGGACCUGCAACGACGUCGUUUUCCUCCUCGUCAUGGGCGACGAGUCAGAGAAGACCAAAGAGCUCUGCGCGAGAGAGAAGAUAGAGCAGGUCCCGCACUUCAGCUUCUACAAGAGCAUGGAGAAGAUCCACGAAGAGGAAGGGAUCGGGCCGGACCAGCUCGUCGGAGAUGUGCUAUACUACGGGGACAACCACUCGGCUGUGGAGCAACUGCACUCGAGACAGGACGUGGAGAAGUUGAUUGAUGAUCACAAGGUGGAUCACAAGCUGAUCGUGCUUGACGUCGGGUUGAAGCAUUGUGGACCGUGCGUUAAGGUGUAUCCGACGGUGAUUAAGCUGUCGAAGCAGAUGUCGGACAGCGUCGUUUUUGCGAGGAUGAACGGUGACGAGAACGACAGCUGCAUGCAGUUCUUGAAGGACAUGGACGUCGUGGAGGUGCCGACUUUCUUGUUCAUCAGAGACGGGGAGAUUUGUGGAAGGUAUGUGGGGUCCGGUAAAGGAGAGCUUAUUGGUGAGAUUCUGAGAUACCAAGGGGUUCGUGUGACGUAUUAAGAAUAGCUGAAUUUAAACCUUUAUCACAUCCGAUUGAAAAUUUUGGGGGGAAUUGUUAAAAAAAGAAAAAGUGAAAUUGAAUUAAUUACAUGGGGGAAUUGUUGAGGACUAGCGUUACUAAUUGUGUGUAUUUGUUACAUCUGGAAUGUUGCUAUUAUUUGCAACUCCUAUAGUGACUACUGAGUUUAAUUUGUUGAAACUUAUGCCAGCAAUAUGCAGUGGAACUGAAAUAUUUUUAUGUUAA